AUGCAUUUAACUUCCGAAUAUUAUAUUCAGAUGCUGCUGCAGUUUUCUUUGUAUUCUUUGGAAAAGUUAGAAGGAAGACAAAAGCGCUGCCCCAGCGCCUUCCUUUUCAAUUUCCUGCUCUACCCCUGGGCACACGUGGGGCUGCAGACCCUGGCGGGCCAGGCGCUGCUUAUCAGCCUAGGUGGCGGGCCGGGGGGCGCGGUGGCGCCGGGGGCGCUCGACCUAGCUCUGCAAUACGUACUGGCGCUCUACCACGGCCAAGUGUUCCUGAAGCGCUUCCUGCGUUUGCGGUACCCGCGGCCGCGCCAGCAGCAAACCAGGGACACACUACCAGCAGCCCCGGAUGCCCGAGUCCUUUUGGAGGCUGGUGACCGGCGACAAGGACCCUGCGGCCCCAAGGGCGAAGAAGGAACCCCUAGCCAGGGACUGCCAGACCUCCUCCGCUUCCUUUUCUUCGGAAUGCAUGGCUUUUUGGAUGAGAUCUUCUUCACCUUCUUCUUCAAUGUUCUGGGGCAGGGGGACGGGACCAGCAGUGGGCACACAUCUCUCUGGUCCUUCUUCAUGUAUGGCAGUUGUAGCUUUGUGGUGGAAAAACUCUACUUCCACCUUCACUACAGCCGUGGUUGGGGCACCUGGAAGCGGGUGCCCAUCUAUGUGAUCUUUAUCUAUGCUUGGGAGUUGUCCUGGGGUCUGGGACUUCGCAUGUGUGGGGCCUGUUCUUGGGACUAUUCUCACUAUCCGCUCAAUUUCAUGGGCCUCAUCACCUUGAUGUAUUUGCCUGGUUGGCUAUUCCUUAGUGUGUACCAAGACCUACUUUCCAACGUGUUGUGGCGGGUGCAGUAUGUCCCAACGAACUAA